AAAAGAAAUAUCCUACCCCUAUCCAGGCAGGGAGAGAGUUUGCGAUAAGGGUGGGGAAGGAAGGAGAGGGGCAGAGGGGUUACAUGACGGCAGGCCUCCGGUGCCUUCUGUUUUCACCCGCGCCGUUCGGCCUUUUAGAACCUCCAGCCGUAAAAGGCGUAAAAGACCCCUGCGGCAAGAAUCAUCCACGGUGGCUGAAACUUUUUAGGAGCCGGAGCGUCCUUCCGACUGCUUCUGCAUAUACUUCUACAGCACAGCAUCUUAACAAUGGCAUUCUCAAAAGGUCGAUUUCGUAUGUACCUACGUAUCCUGCGUGCCUUCUAAAUAGUAAGUUGCUUGGGAGAGACUUGGCAAGUAGGAUUGUCGAGGUUGGAUGCUGUACCUGCAUGUCAAAUUUAGACCGACUCUACAAGAAAAGAUUUUAUGAAAAAGUAUGCCAUCUAGCCAAUAAGGAGAUCUGUCGUUCUUUUCAAUCUCUAGCUUUUGAUGGUUAUGAGACGAAGCGUCAACAUGGCCCGUGAGAGAAGACGGCCGAGGUUCAAGACUACGGUGGACCCUAGGCACUGGAGGUGACCCGACUAUUAUUCCACAUACCUAAUGGAUC